AUGAGUGCCGAAUAUCUCGAUCAAAUGGUAGAGAACUGUAACAGUAUCAAUGGCGAUUUGCUUAUAGAAGGACUGAAAAAUUUGCCACCAAACAUUGGAAAGCUCGCUCAGAUCGAGCAAAUCAAUGGACGCCUAAUCGUGAAAAAGAAUUCUGGUGUUCCAGAUUUGUCGUUUCUACCAAAUUUAGAAGAGAUUGAUACUGUUGAUAGCGACCGUAAGUUGCCCUGUUUGGAAGUCGUCGGCAAUGAAAAUUUCACACUGAAAGGAUUGACGGGAAUUAGAAAUAUUUAUGGCAAUGUCUAUGUUUCUACUAGAAGAAAAUCAGACGUCCCAGCAGAUGUGAAACAGUACCUAAAGCAGAUAACUGUUGGAACAUCAACAUUCGUAUAUGAUAACGUCACUCAGGAAGGUGGAAGUCAUUAUGUACUAUGGAUUUGUAUAAUAGGUUUGUAA